CCUCCUCCCUCCGCGCCACGAGGAGUGGCAGGCGGCGCUCCUCCAGCAGGGCCUCCUCAGCGCCGCUGGGGGCUGGCCGGGAAGGCGGGCUGGCGAGGACCGGGGAAGGCAUCGAGCGGGCAGCCCGGCGGGGUCCGGCCCGGUCUCCGCCCCCGGUGGCGGGCAGGCGCGCGCGGCUAUAAGAGCAGCAGCCGCCGCCGCCGCCGCCCGCGGGCCUCGGAGCAGGAGGCAGCAUCGCCAUGAAGCUGGGGCCGGCGGCGCUGCUGCUGCUGCUGCUGGGGGGGGCCUCGCUGGCCGCCCGCUGGCCGCCGGGGCUGCUGCUGCCGCUCUCGGCCGUCGGGGCCGCCGCGGCGGUGCUGGCGUUGGCGCUGGUGCUGCGGCGGCCGCUGCGCCUCUUCCGAGCCCCGGAGGCUGCGGGCUACCUGCCCGAGUCCGGCUGGAGCCGCGCGCAGAGCGCCGAGCGGGUGCGCAAGAGCCGGCGUCUGGGCGCGCUGCCGCCCGUCUACCCCAACGGCUGGUUCCGCCUCCUGGACUCGGCCCAGCUGCGUCGCGGGGAGGUGCGCAACGUGGCCGCGCUGGGCGAGCAGUUUGCGGUGUUCCGAGAUCGGGACGGGAAGGUCCACGUGGUCGACGCUUACUGCCCACACCUUGGGGCCAACCUGGCAGUCGGGGGCCGCGUGGUGGGCAACUGUAUCGAAUGUCCUUUCCAUGGCUGGCAGUUCCGCGGCACGGACGGCAAGUGCACCAGAAUCCCGUAUUCUGAAAAAGUGCCCGAGUUUGCAAAAAUCAAGGUCUGGCCGUCCUGUGAAGUGGGAGGCAUGAUUGUUGUCUGGUACCACUGCGAUGGUGUCGACCCCACGUGGCAAGUUCCGGAGCAGCAGGAGGUGGUGUCCUGCGAGUGGGUCUUCCGGGGCAUCACGGAGCACUUUGUCAGUGCGCACAUUGAGGAGAUUCCAGAGAAUGCCGCAGACACGGCCCAUCUCUCCUUCCUCCACGGCCCGACCUUCCUGAGCGGCAUGGACCUGCGAUACACCAACUCCAAGUUCUGGGAGUUCUUCAAGCACCACUGGCAGGCCGAAUGGCAGCCGGAGCCAGAACCGGACACCCACUGUUCCCACCUGCGUGUGAAGCACAGCACCACUUUGUUUGGCAAGCACUUUCCCCUGCUGGACCUGGCCAUUUCAGCCAGGCAGGUGGGCCCUGGGCUGGUUUUCUUACUCUUUGAACAUCCUUUCCUGGGCCGCGGAGUCAUGUACCACACAGUCACGCCUGUGGAGCCUCUCCUGCAACACGUGGUCCACCAGAUAUAUUAUCAGCGGAACAUCCCGGCCUUCUUCCCCAAGUUCAUCUUGUGGGCAGAGAGCAUCCAGUUCGAACGGGACGUUAUGAUCUGGAACAACAAGCAGUAUGUCUCCAAGCCCCUGCUGGUGAAAGAGGACGGCGCCAUCCAGAGACACCGGCGUUGGUACUCCCAGUUCUACAGCGAGAACAGUGUCAAGUUUGGGAGCCAACAGAAGACACUGGACUGGUGAUGGGAACCGGCUCCCUGUGAAAUGCCCACUUGCACUCUGCUUUUCCUGCAGCCUAGGUCAGGUGGAUUGAAGAGGGGAGGGUCUCUGGGGAACCUGUGUGUGUCUGGGGCGAUUCUGUGUUGGGAGAGUCACUUGGGAGCAAGAGCGGUUGUUGGCCAUUGAGAACCAAUGUGGGACUCGGAUGUUCUGGGUUUUAAUUCUAGGACUGGAGCCGGUGCAUUGGCCGCCUCCUCCAUCCUUUGGUCAGUGCUGUGAACAUCUGCUCUGUUUUAAAGGGCCUUGCUGCCUCCCCCAGCCACUUCCUGCAGCAUCUGGGAUGGGUGGGUCGGUUGAUGGGUGAGGGAAGGCCUCCUGGGUAAGGCACCUGUGGCGAGGGUGAGCAAGACCAGGCCCCUGGAAGGUCGGGCCAGCUUGCUCUGAUCGGUGGUCCCAGGGCUGGCAACCUCCUCCUCAUGGAGGUGAGCCUGGAACAGCCUGCCUUGGCAUGGUCCAAGUCCCACUGUCCUGCUGUUGACUCCCCUUUGGGCAGCCUUGUGCUUAGGCGUGGGUGCGCUGUUUGGAGACUUGCUCCAUUUUGGUAGCUGUAGACCUACCUCUAAACUCAGGACAAGCUGGGUGUGGCGAGGCCUCCGCCCCGAGAAAGGCAAAUGGUUUGCUUUGCAGUGGGUUGACCAGUGUACGUGUCAGCCCUGCUGCGAAGAGAACACUCCCUAACUUGUACGCUGACCCAGAACUGGGCGAUCCGGGGAAAGGUCUCAAGGCAGAAAGCAAUCCCUCCGCCGUGCAGAUGGUUCCUCCUUCUCCGGUUCUUGGUCACCGUUGCCUUAAAACCAGCUUCCCUGUCCGACAGGUGGGUGGGAGAAGUCGGACCCGCUUGGACAUGUUGUGUGGCACAGCACCCCCGCAACCCUGGUGCCACUUUGCCUGACUGUAGCUUCAAGCUGUGGCACAUGUGAAGGACUCCCUGUGCUGCCCGUGGAGGAGGCUGCUCCGUGCUGCUGGCGGGCUACCGCUCAGCCCUAGUGGAGAUGGCCAGAUUGGCCCCAGAGCCUUCAGGACAAGGACAGCCAUCUGGCUGCCCCACACGCCUGCUGAAAGUGGCUCCGACACCUCGCCUUGCUUUGGACACUCAAACUCGUAUCUUUGUGUUUUUCUCUCUCACGGCUCUAGCAAUAAAUAAUCUCAAGUUUUUGAA